AUGAAGCACGAGACUCCCUCUGUCGCAGGCGACCGUGCUCCCAAGCCCAACGAGGUUGACGCCCUAAUUGACGGGAUGAAAAACAUGGCUAUCGACGACAAGAAGCCGGCGAGCGUCGCAUGCGAUGGGCGUGUUGCUGGUGGCGGAAGGGUGGAUCCAGUUGGUUUCUUGCCAGAUCAGUGUUGGUCCCUAAUUUUCUCCUUUGUGGGUUUCAAGGGACGGGAAAAAGAUUCGAAUAAGAGCGGCAACGACAUCAAGCUUGGCGUCGUCACUAUUCCUGAUAUCCUUGACUUCUUGUGCGACUACGCACCAGUUGCUACGGGAUGGAGAGACAUGGUAAUGAAUGCCUUGCCCCAUCUUCCAAUCACGAUAGAUGUGCAAUACUGGGAAGAUUUGAGAGACUAUGCCAAGUCGAUGAUGCGGGCAAUUCGUUUGCCAGUGAGCAGUGUUGAAUGGCACGACGAGGACAACCAAGGGAUCCUUGACCUACUACUACACAGCAACAUUGCCCAGUUGAAAAAUGCCAAAAUGCCUCUUCUUCUCGGCGGUAACCCAAAAGGUCGUGCUCUGGGAAUUCAACGAAAACUGCAGGAUUUGCUCGCAAGUGCAUGCCCAAAGCUGGACUUCCUGGCCCUCAUGUUGAAGCCGCAAGAACCCAAUCAAACAAUCCAACCGGGUGUCCUCAGUCCAGCGCUAUUUUCGUUUUCUUCCAUCACUCGUAUGGCCAUCUGUACCCCCUUCGAAGACAAAGUUGUCGCCAUGAACAAAGACUUGAUUACAGAAUGCAUCAAGAAUCUUUCCUGCUUGGAGCAUCUACACCUGGUUUGCAAAGCGGAGACGUUUUGUGAGGAGGAAAUUGUGAGCGUGGUUUCCCCAUCUUUGAAAGUGCUGGAAGUCUGGGACUUUUGUACCCAAGCAAAGUUGACACUAGACUGCCCGCAGCUGACCCGUUUUGAGUGUUUUGGCGCAGUCGUUCCGCGGUGCUUGUUUCUGAAACAGAAGGUAGUCGAGGCCCAGAACAUUCCCAGCGUCUGCAUGGCUAGAGUCCACGAUCCUGAUGGGAAGCGGUGGGGCAUGCCUUUCUCCACGAUGAUGCGCUACGCACAUUUUCUCCCUCGCCUUCCAGCGGAUGAGGCCCAUGCUAGGGCAAUGGUACAACGUAUGUUUGACGAUGAAUAG